GUCAUGGUUCACCACACCACCAAGAGAUUCGCGAGCUUGGUAGCGUACACGGCCUGCCUAUCAAGUUUGAUUGCCAAGGUAAAUACCAGAAGAGACAUACAAGAUGGAUGCAAUCCACCCACAAUACUGCAACCUGCAGCCUGUACGGUGAUGGACUAGUACAAAUGAUACUGUAUGUUCCUGGUGGUGGGGGAACAGCAUCGUCAACACCAAGCCCGCUCAUUUCCUCGACGGUCUGGACCGUGGCGAAGUGUCGAUCAGAUUCGAGUCACCCAAUAAUCGCUGUUGCAAGGAAACACUACAUAACAGCAGCUAAAGUAAGGUUAUGUUGCUGGAAUCUAUCCUUUUCUCAUCGCCCAUUUCUUGCCUCCCCCAUUCCUUUUCCUCUCUCCCUUUCCUUUCUCUUUGGUUCUCCCUCGGGUUUCGCAUUCAACUCUUUCUUUCUUUCUUACUUACGGUGCAGCUCGACCUCUUCUCCAACCUUGUCUUUCAUUUACUUUCAUCUCACUCACUUGUGGCCUGUUUAUCUUGACUGUACUUCAUUUGUAAUACUCACCGCUUUUGUUUCCAAGAUGGCCUGCAUAUUCUUCCCCACGCCGCGUGGGUUAUCUGCUCCGUUCUCGCGUUGACAUUAUCUUUUGAAUCACCUUCGCUUGCCACAUACCUGCAUGAAUUAUCAAGAAGACUUAGACCGGGCACUCGGCCCGCUGUCCUUUCCUCAUUCACCUCCAAAUUUCGCUCUCUUGACACCAAUCGUUUACGCCUAUGUUACGCUUAACCGCCCAUCCUUUAUCCAAACGGACUCGCCUCAGUUUCAGCAUGCAUCUUUAACACUCGUAUUCUCCUUAAUGUGACGGCCAUCAACAAAACAACCGUUUCGACACAAAACAAGAUGUAAGUGGCUACUGUGGCUAACACUCGCAGAGCUACUUGUUCAAUUUUUCCAUGAAGCAGCCCUAGAUCAACCCCAUGUGAUCGGGCGUCAAGAUCGCGCCAGCAGUUCCUACGCGUAGGACCUCGCCAUGCUUGGCUGCGCUAUCAAGUAAUAUCUUUUUUUUUUAAAGAAGCACACCGUCGGCCAGACUGGUCACUUCCGAACGAGCUCCGCAUAGCAGCAUGACCGACAUGUGCUAAGAAAGGAUGCCGGGGGGAUGAGUGAUUGGACUUGACUGGAUAUGAUGUGACGUGGGAGGCUUAAUAUUGUAUAUUAAAGAAAGUCCUCUUGAUCACUCAUGAAAGCGAAUCUUGUGUGGUCAUCAAGACUCUGAGACAAGCAAUGAGACAGAUCUUUCCAACAUAUGCUUUUGAACGAAGUGU